AUGACCACGGAAGGAUUAUCAAAAUUGGACUGCUAUAACGAAAAACAAGAUCAAAAUAGUACAUUUCUCCGAGAAUGCGAAAAGAACAAUCUUGAUCAACUACAAGAAAUUUCGCAACUUCAAAAAAGUGGAUAUACUGUUCUCGAAUAUCAACUGCCAAAAUGUGGGCCCGACGGGUGGUACGCCCCUGUUAAAGUAGAGAAUGACAAGAAAAUUUGCGUGGAUAAGUAUGGAAAUCAAAUAGAGAAAUACGAAGCAAAAUUAAAUACACCUGAAGCUAACAAGAUGAACUGCAAAUGUGCACGGACAAAAAAUUUAUUGAGCACAUCAAAUUCAGCAAAUAAACCCGAGUUACCUUUGUGCCAAAAAAAUGGAAAUUUUGAACCAAAACAAUGUACAAAAAAUCCAAAUGAAUGCUGGUGUGUUGAUGAAGAUGGCAAUCAAAUUCAGAAAGAAGUCAGCGGUACCUCCACUUUGCAAUGCAAAGAUCUUAGCUGA